UUGAUGGCGCUCUCUCGUUGUAUCGUGAUUGCUAUUUUUUUAGUAGCUACUUAUAUAAACAAUGUCUUCUCACAAAUCGAUACUCAGUACUAUAAAAUACUUGGAGUGAAACCCUCAGCCUCUCAAAGUGAAAUUAAAAGGGCUUAUCAUAAACUAGCCAAACAGUUACAUCCAGAUACCAAUCCUGACCCCCAAGCACACGAUAGCUUUACUAAAGUAGCUGAAGCAUAUUCUGUUCUAAGCGAUGAAGAAAAACGGGAAGUUUAUGAUAACUACGGGCUAGAGGCUUUAAAAAACGAAAAUAAAGGCGAUGGCGGUGGUGGCUUCGGCGACAUACUCAGCCAUUUGUUUGGCGGCUCAUCCUCUCAAAGCAAAAAAAUGCCGGAUAUUAUUUUCCCGCUCCAAGUUUCCUUAGCGGAAGUCUACUCGAAAAGAUUUAUUAAAAUCGAGAUAAAAAACCAGCGGCUUUGCCCACACUGCCGUGGCACCGGGGCAUAUGAUACCAGUAGCAUCAAGACCUGUACUACCUGCAACGGCAGAGGAAUCCGCGUAACAAGAGUUCAUCUCGGCCCUGGAAUGUACCAAGAAAUGCAGCGAACAUGCGAGUCUUGCAGCGGGAAGGGUAGGGUUGUUAGCAAGUCUUGUAAAGAGUGCCGCGGUAGAAAGGUCAUGCCGAUGUCCCACUUUGAGACUCUCGAAGUUCAAAGGGGAAUGACCAACGGCGACGAAAUAGUGUUAAAGAAAGCUGGGGACAGACCACCUGAAUAUAUCGCGGGAGAUAUUAAGUUUGUGGUUUCUGUUCUUCCGCAUCCCGUUUUUGUAAGGCGAGGAGACGACUUGGCUGCAAAUAUCGUCGUCACCCUGAAGGAGGCACUCUUCGGAUUUAAGAGAGCAAUUGAGCACCUGGACGGCCGGCAGAUCACCGUCCAGACCAGCGGUGUAACGCAACCCGAACACGUCCUCAUCAUAAAAGGGGAGGGGAUGCCCCCUCGUGACUACCACGGCGACUUUGGAGAUAUGCACGUGACCGUCCGAGUCAUCUUUCCUCGCAACUUUACCAAAGAAGAAAGAGAACUCUUGGAGGGAGUCCUUUAAAGAAAAAUCUAUUUUUUAUUAUUAUGUAACUAUCGCCAAGAGAAGGUGUUUCAUAUGCUCAAAUAAACUUCUUAAA